AUGAUCUCUCUUCUUUCUUCUUUGCUCCUAGCCAGCGUAGUGGCUGCCGUGCCUGCACCAGCCCAUGUGGCCAGAAGCACCAAUACCACAACUCCCGCCGCAUGGGACGCCGGCGCAGUCACCCAAUACCCCAUCCAUGCCAGCUGCAAUGCCACCGAGCGCCACCAGAUCGAGGUCGGCCUGAACGAGACCAUCGCCCUGGCCGACCACGCCAAAGCUCACAUCCUGCGCUGGGGCAACGAGAGCGCCAUCUACCGGAAGUAUUUCGGCGACAGGCCCUCCUUCGAGGCCAUCGGCGCCUACGACAUGAUCGUCAACGCUGACAAGAAGGGUGUUCUCUUCCGGUAG